GAUAAGAGGGAAGAGCAGGGCUUCCAGGUGAAAGGCAUAGCACAAGCGAAGGCAAAAGGACGGGUAACUGCUAGUUAUUAAGGGCAGUGACUGAAUCGAAAUACCCUCAGCAGUUCUCCACCUAGGGGCCUAAGGGCUGCUGAGUCUGAGAAACUCUCCAAGCAGCUGGCCCGCCCCCGCUCUGCGCCCGUCCCUCCGCCACGCCCACUGCCGCAGGAUGACGCACACCCCUCAAGGCCCCGCCCCCGAGGGGAGGGACGCAGGGAAGAGACGCACAGACUCACUCCUGCUGCGGCCAGCGCCCGGGCCUUUGGGCCCGGGCGGCGGCUGGUUGCGCAGUCUUCGUGGGUUCCCGACGUGGAGGCCUCUGUGGCUGCGGCGGCGGCUGCUAUUCGCGCCGCCUGCUGCAGUCUGUCACCACCGCUCCGGAGCGGUCAAGUCAAAGCCGAAAUGCCACCGCCCCGGACCGGCCGAUGCCUUCUCUUGCUCGGUCUGGUCCUGGGCUCCGUCUGCGUCACCCUGGGAUCCCAGGCACAGGCCAACUCGACCACAGAUGCACUGAAUGUUCUUCUCAUCAUUGUGGAUGACCUGCGCCCCUCCCUGGGAUGUUAUGGGGAUAAGCUGGUGAGGUCCCCAAAUAUUGACCAACUGGCAUCCCACAGCCUCCUCUUCCAGAAUGCCUUUGCGCAGCAAGCAGUGUGUGCCCCGAGCCGUGUGUCCUUCCUCACUGGCAGGAGACCUGACACCACCCGCCUGUACGACUUCAACUCCUACUGGAGGGUACACGCUGGAAACUUCUCCACCAUCCCCCAGUACUUCAAGGACAAUGGCUAUGUAACCAUGUCGGUGGGAAAAGUCUUUCAUCCUGGUAUAUCUUCUAACCAUAGUGAUGAUUCUCCAUAUAGCUGGUCUUUUCCACCUUAUCAUCCCUCCUCUGAGAAGUAUGAAAACUCUAAGACAUGUCGGGGGCCAGAUGGAGAACUCCAUGCCAACCUGCUUUGCCCUGUGGAUGUGGUGGAUGUGCCCGAGGGCACCUUACCUGACAAACAGAGCACUGAGGAAGCCAUACGGUUGUUGGAAAAGAUGAAAACAUCAGCCAGUCCUUUCUUCCUGGCUGUUGGGUAUCAUAAGCCACACAUUCCCUUCAGAUACCCCAAGGAAUUUCAGAAGUUGUAUCCCUUGGAGAACAUCACCCUGGCCCCAGAUCCUGAGGUCCCUGAUGGCCUACCCCCUGUGGCCUACAACCCCUGGAUGGACAUCAGGCAACGGGAAGACGUCAAAGCCUUAAACAUCAGUGUGCCCUAUGGCCCAAUUCCUGUGGACUUUCAGCGGAAAAUCCGCCAGAGCUACUUUGCCUCUGUGUCAUAUUUGGAUACACAGGUUGGUCACCUCUUGAGUGCUUUGGACGAUCUUCAGCUGGCCAACAGCACCAUUGUUGCAUUUACCUCGGAUCAUGGGUGGGCUCUAGGUGAACACGGAGAAUGGGCCAAAUACAGCAAUUUUGAUGUUGCUACCCGUGUUCCGCUGAUGUUCUACGUUCCUGGAAGGACGGCUUCACUUCCGGAGGCAGGCGAGAAGCUUUUCCCUUAUGUCGACCCUUUUCAUUCCGCCUCAGACUUGAUGGAGCCAGGCAGGCAAUCCAUGGACCUUGUGGAACUCGUGUCUCUUUUUCCCACGCUGACUGGACUUGCAGGACUGCAGGUUCCACCUCGCUGCCCGGUUCCUUCAUUUCAUAUUGAGCUGUGCAGAGAAGGCAGGAACCUUCUGAAGCAUUUUCAAUUCCAUGGCUUGGAAGAGGAUCCAUAUGUCCCUGGUAAUCCCCGUGAACUGAUUGCCUAUAGCCAGUAUCCCCGGCCUGCAGACUUCCCUCAGCAGAAUUCUGACAAGCCGAGUUUAAAAUAUAUAAAGAUCAUGGGUUAUUCUAUACGCACCGUAGACUAUAGGUAUACUGUGUGGGUUGGCUUCAAUCCUGAUGAAUUUCUGGCUAACUUUUCUGACAUCCAUGCAGGAGAACUGUAUUUUGUGGAUUCUGACCCACUGCAGGAUCACAAUAUGUAUAAUGAUUCCCAAGGUGGAGGAGUUUUCAAGUCGUUGAUGCCUUGAGUUUUGCCAACCAUGGAUGGCAAAUGUAAUGUGCUCCCUUCCAGCUGGUGAGAGGAGUUAGAGCUGGUUGUUUUGUGAUUACCCAUAAUAUUGGAAGCAGCCUGAGAGCUAGUUAAUCCAAACAUGCAUGAACAAUUUGGCCUGAGAAUAUGUAACAGCCAAACCCUUUCAUUUAGUCUUUAUUAAUUUAUGCUUGGUAAUUGCACCAGUUUUUUAAAAUUUCCCUCUUUUUAAAACAAUUACAGCUUAUUUAUUGAAUAAAUACAAAGUAAACAAACUCAAAUUACGUCAUUUAUACCUUUGAAUACCAAGACCAUAUGUAAUAACCAAACAUAGCAUUAUACACAAAGAAUACUUUGAUUAUUUGUGGAAUUGAGUGCAUUUCAAAAAGUAACAAUAUAUCAAACUAGGCACCAAAAUAAGUUCCUGAUUAUUUUAUUUAUAAUUUAAUAAUAUAUCUUAUGUAGCCCAAUAUAUUCAAAAUAUUAUGUUAACAUGUAAUCCAUGUUUCUUUUUCAAAUCUAAAGUUAAAACAAUACCAGAAGCCAAUGUCUUAAAGUCUAUCUUUUAUUUUUGUUUUUAAUACCAUGGGGCUUCAAAAUGUCGAGAUAAAAUAUGUAUGAAGUAAUUAAUGUAGAAUUUGUACAUCAAAUAAUAAAUAAUGCUCAAUAAACUAGAGAUAUGAGAUGUGUAGGAAAUUUCGUUAAACUUUUUUUCAGAUACUUUCUGGCCCAGUAAUAAUUUGUUAGCAAAUAAUAUGACCCUUGAAGUCAAUGGCCAUCUAUUAAAAGACUGUUGUUCACAGUGGAAAACAUUUGAAGAUGUAACUAUAUCCAUGGAUGGUUUGAGUCACUCAAAACAGUAUUCUUCUUUAGGGAUGGUUGGUUGCAGACAUGUUUAUUCUGGAGGCAGAAAAUAUCCUACUUUUAGUUGCUUAAGAAAACAUUAAAUUCUAAAUUAUUUUGAGGACUGUUAGACUUUUCAUUAGUGUAAUAUUAGGUCAUUUUCAACCUGUCAGAAUGUAGUUCUAUAUUCUCUAAAUAUGAAAGCAUCCAGAAAGGCCAGUGGUAGUAAAAAGCCUAGUGUAUAUAAUCUUAAAAGGAAUGGAAUAUUUACAAUUCAUUAACAUGUUUAAGCUUAUCAGUUAUCAGUAGUCAUUGGAAGUGUCAACAGCUUUCUAAAUAAAUAUAAAUAUCUAAUGUCCUGUAGUGGAGGAGUAAUUUUUAGUAAUUUUCUCUUUACAGAGUCUUUAGUGUUUCAAGGUAAAUGUUGGUGAAACAAAAUACAGCAAAAAAACCCUAUAUUAGGUUACUGCAGUGUAUUAAUUGUUACCAAAAAUGACAAGAUAUUAUAUUAAAUCAAUAAAUUUUAGAUUU